AUGAGGGUCGUUGCCAUUCUCGCCAUCACCGCUUUCCUCAACGGUCAUGCCCAAGCCCAGGCUCCAGCGGUGCAUGCAAAGCCUGGAGUCCCAAUCCAGAAGUGGAAUGAUACUGGCUCUGUCCUGCCCCGAAGCGAAGGCCAGAAGCGGAAUAACACUGGCUCUGUCCUGCGCCGGAGUGAAGGCCAGAAGUCGAAUGACACUGGUUCUGUCCUGCCCCGAAGCGAAGGCCAGAAGCGGAAUAACACUGGCUCUGUCCUGCGCCGGACCUCAGGUGUCUGCUAUUGCCCCCAGUGCCGUUACAAUACCAAUCUUUGCACUUGCAAGGAGCCUCCCCUUCCCGAGUGUGUGCUGAAAGCGUUUCUUACCAGGACAACUAUUACUUGGAAGACAGCCACGUGGAGAGCUGCGAAGACGCAUAGUAACACUGGCCAGCCUACCGAUACCGUGAAGGUCUCUGGCACUUGGAGGCCAACUAACGUUUACACCAAUAGGCGUCUGUUCAUUGAUGAUGAGAUUCUCACCCCGACUAGGUCAACUCAAAUCAGGAAGUCUACUGGUACUGGCAGGCCUACUGAGACGGGCAAGCCAAAUAAAUCCGGGAAGCCUACUGAGACUGACAAGCCAACUCUUCCCUGGCCAAGUCUUUCCUGGGCAACCAUUUCUGGGAGGCCAGCACACGUCCGGAGGAGUAACGAUGAUGGCAAGCCAACUCUUCCUUGGUUAAGUCUUUCCUGGCCAGUCUGGCCAACUCACACUGAGGAGCCGAGUCACACUGCGAAGCCGGCCUAUACCCAUAAGCCUACUCACAACACUGAGGAGCCAACUCACACUGAAGAGUCAACCUAUACUCAUCAUAGACCGACUCACACUGAAGAGCCUACUGAUACUGAUAAGCCCAACUAUACUGGCAAGCCAACUCACACUGAGGAGCCGAGUCACACUGGGAAGCCGAUCUAUACUCAUAAGCCUACUCAUAACACUGAGGAGCCAACUCACACUGGAGAGCUGACCUAUACUUAUUACAGACCGAGUCACACCAAGGAGCCUACUGAUACUGACAAGCCUACCUAUGCUGGCAAGCCAACUCAUAACACUGAGGAGCCCACUCACACCGGGAAGCCGAUCUAUACUCAUAAGCCCACUCAUAACACUGAGGAGCCAACUCACACUAGAGACUCAACCUAUACUCAUGAUAAGCCGAAUUAUACCGGGAGGCCAACUUAUAACACUGAGGAGCCAACUCACACUAGAGACUCAACCUAUACUCAUGAUAAGCCGAAUUAUACCGGGAGGCCAACUUAUAACACUGAGGAGCCAACCCACACUAGAGAGUCGACCUAUACUUAUGAUAAGCCGAAUUAUACCGGGAGGCCAACUUAUAACACUGAGGAGCCAAGCUACACUGGGAAGCCGACCUAUACUCAUAAGCCUACUCACAACACUGAGGAGCCAACUCACACUAGAGAGUCGACCUAUACUUAUGAUAAGCCGAAUUAUACCGGGAGGCCAACUUAUAACACUGAGGAGCCGAGCCACACUGGGAAGCCAAUCUAUACUCAUAAGCCUACUCACAACACUGAGGAGCCAACUCACACUGGAGAGUUGACCAAUACUCAUGAUAAGCCGAAUUAUACCGGCAAGCCCACGUACUCUGGCAAGCCCACGUACUCCGGCAAGCCCACGUACUCCGGCAAGCCAACGUACUCCGGCAAGCCCACGUACUCCGGCAAGCCAACGCACUCCGGCAAGCCAACUCGCCCUGGCAAGCCCACUGGUCCUGGCAAGCCAACUGGUACCGGCAAGCCAAAUUACUCGGUCAAGCCAACCUACACAGAAAGGCCAACCGGUACUGACAAGCCAAUUUACUCCAAGCCUGCUUACACCACGGGUCCCAUCAAAUACACCCAUAGCAAAAGGGACCCUCAGCAGCCUGAGUCCGUCCACGGUGACCACUGCACGGAGGAUCAUCACUUUCCCUGCCACAAGCCCACUCUUUGCGAAAAGGAGCCUCAUCACCCAUUCUGCACCGAGACACCCCCCCAUACUCAUGAUGACUUGCGGCGAGCCUCACCAUAUUAUACCGGCAAGCCCACGUACUCCGGCAAGCCAACGUACUCCGGCAAGCCCACGUACUCCGGCAAGCCAACGCACUCCGGCAAGCCAACUCGCCCUGGCAAGCCCACUGGUCCUGGCAAGCCAACUGGUACCGGCAAGCCAAAUUACUCGGUCAAGCCAACCUACACAGAAAGGCCAACCGGUACUGACAAGCCAAUUUACUCCAAGCCUGCUUACACCACGGGUCCCAUCAAAUACACCCAUAGCAAAAGGGACCCUCAGCAGCCUGAGUCCGUCCACGGUGACCACUGCACGGAGGAUCAUCACUUUCCCUGCCACAAGCCCACUCUUUGCGAAAAGGAGCCUCAUCACCCAUUCUGCACCGAGACACCCCCCCAUACUCAUGAUGGUAAAAUAUGUGAUAAACCUCAUCACCCCCAUGGUGAAAAGACUUGCGGCGAGCCUCACCAUCCUAGCAACGGCAAGCCCUGUGAUGGGCAUGACCACGAGGGCCAUGCUUGUCCCAAAGGCUGCCACAACCCUACGCAGGCUCACAACGGAACUGACGAGCUUGCACCCUCUGGGAGCAUGAUCGGUGGGGAUGGCAACUUGCCUGUUGGUACUCAUGUACCCAUCAGUGCUGGUGAGACUACUGCCAUCUCCGACUUGGCCCUCGGCAUUGUUGCUCUGGCUGGCUUCCUUCUUUUCUAA